UCCCAUAAAGCUUCCUGAAAAAUGCCUCCGCCACCGCCGCCUGGACCGCCACCACCUCCUGGGCCGCCACCCCCGCCGGCCCUGAAGAUCGGUGGCGGUGCACCGCCGGCCGAUGGGCGGAACGCGUUACUCCUCUCGAUCCAGAAGGGCACGAAACUGAAAAAAACGGUCACAGUCGACAAGAGCGCCCCUGCAAUCCAAGGCAAGGUUGCAUCCGAUGGAACCGGACCAACCGGGACGACCAGACCGAAUAACCGUGGUCCCGGACGACCGUUGGGUGAUGAGGGUAUGACGACAGCCCCGACGGCUCCCGGCGGUGGCCAACCGAAACUGGGCGGUUUGUUUGAGGGCAUGUCAUCGAUGCCGAAACUAAAACCAGUCGGUAGCAGAACAGGACCUGGCACAGUGAACGCAUCCACAACGGGGUUGCAGCAGAACAAAACACCAUCCCCGGACGCCUCGAAGGGUUCGCCGGUCAACAACGGGCGCCUGGGAAAUGGCGGUGCCGGACCGAUCGACUUUUCGGACGAGCUCGCGCAAAAGUUAACGCUCAAAAAACAGAAACACCAGCAGGGCAACAGUAGCACCGGCAGUGAACGAUCCCCCGCCAUGAACGCACCCCCGGCCGUACCGAACGAGACGAACCUCCGGAUGAAUCGGGGACCACCACCGCAACCGCCAACAUCGCUCCAGCGGCCCACCGGAGAUAAUUCGUCGGGAAAAACGCUCCCCGCAUCCAGUCAAAAAAGCCAAGCACCUGCAACGCCCAACCACCUGAAUCAUCACACGAAGCUGGCGACGGCCACCAAGCCGUCUGUGGCCAACGGACCGGCGUCCUUCAACACCAACAGCAGCAGUAUCAGCAGCACCACUAGUCCCACAGUUAAUGCAACCGUCGGCGCAGCGAUCCCCAACCGGUCGGCUUUGUUCGGCGGAAAUGCGACGGUUCCGGUGACGGCACCUGCCUUGGGCAAUGGCAGCGUGCCGUCAUCGAAGCCGGUACCAAACUAUGGCAAACCAAAUCUAGCACCGAAGCCUCCCGGCAUGCAGCUACCGGGUUCGAUGGGUGAAGGAGGUAGCGCGACGAGACCAACCGUGAGUCGGCACCAGAGCAUGCGAAGUCCAAGGUCACCUCCGGUCUCGCAAACCACACCGGCAUUCCCCGCCAACCAUUUCGGUACGAUGCGUGGACCACCCUCGUCAGCGGCCAUGUUCCAGUCAUCGGAAUCGAUCGUGCGACCUGUGCGGGAAGUAACCGGUCGACCAUCCGCUCCACCGCCAAAGCCACCCACAAUGAAACCUCCUCCACCACCUCCGGUGCGAAGCGUCAGCAACACGAACCUAACACACCUGCCACCAUCGCUGAGUCUGGCACCGUCUGCGCAGGACAGCACCGGAACCGGUUCGCCAGCGGCCGAACCAUCUGCGUUCGGAUCGGUGAACAAUGUCGCCUCGCUAACGCUAGCAGAUGAGCUGCGAGCGAAAGUAAGCAACGCGAACCUUUCAGUGGCGGGUUCGUCUGCAAACUCGAUAUCCACCGGCAACCUGAGCGUGCUAGGCGGUGGAACCUCCUUGACGAAAGGGGGCAGCCUUAAAACGACAGCAGCGCCACCAUUACCACCGCAUCGGACGAGCCCUGCACCGCCACCUCCAGCUCCGGUGAGCAGCUCUGGUGAGGCGCCCGUACCACCACAACGAAUUUCUUCGAUCCGCAACUCGGCUGGCAGCGGAAGCUUACCUGUGGUACCAGUCGGUUCCAGCGUUAGCAGCAAUAGUCACAAUCAGAGUCAUCAUAGUCAAAAUAGCACCAUCGUUAUUACAACCACUACGACGUCCUCCAGUCUACAUCGAAAGGACACAUCGCUGACGUCUGUUAGCAGCGGGUCUUCGACAGCAACCACAGGGCAGGGUGCAACCGCCAGCAGUAAGAUGCCGCUGCCGGAGAUAGACCUCGAGUCAAAGUACUCGCUCUAUUUCCACAAAGUGACGGAGUUCCCGCAACCGAUACCGUUCCUGAACGUACAGAAGAUUUACCCUAGCGAGCUGCGUUUGCAACAGCAGUCGGCACAGGCCGCGCAACAGCAGCAACAUCGUCAGUAAAGGCUCGCAAACCCAAAUCAACAGCCGGGAACGAUCCAUCUGCGGUUAGACCGUUUAACGUACAUGGCGUGCGCGUGAAAAUGCCAUACUAAUAUGAGCAUACCCGGGAAAACAGUAUUUAUGAGAGGAGGACAAACGUGGUCAUCAGGCACACAUUAAUUCUCACACACACACACAUAUUCACUUAUCGAUCCUUUAUGUGAAAUGAGCGAGCUGGUGUGAUUAUAAAGCGCAAUUGUUAAGAAUAAUCGCUAUCGAUAGAGCGGGGAAGUUGUACGUUCAAGUUCGAUGGUAGGUAAAAGGGGCGAAUAAAUGCGUUAUACCUUGUACUAGACCUUAGACAUGUGCUGUAAUAGUGUAUACACCGUUGCGCAUUGGCUGACAUUUGGAACGAGACGAGAAUGAUAUUCUUUUACAAGAACCUUGACUAUAAAUGAAUGUGAACAAUGAAAUGAAAUCGUCAAAUCAUAUCAAAGCAACAACAUAAGCAGUAGUAGAAGCGAAACACCCAUAAACGAGUAAGUAGCAGUAUAAACCUCCAUAACAGUGGAUUUCGCAAUCAAAAUCCUAUCCGAUAGUUUCGAAAAACAGAUAUCAGACUGUGAGCGUAACAAAACUUAACUGGAUUUUCCUGAUAAAACAUCUAGCAACAAAAUGUAUGUAUAUAGUACAGCAAUCGAUCACUGUUGAAUUUUGGUUAACAAUCCGUUUAUCGUAAAUUUAUCGCAAUAAUGAAGGGCCUGCUAGUACGAGGUUUGCAUGUGGGCGAGGAACGUCGUGAGCAGCAGGUUAACGUUAGGUCGAUCCCUUUCCUUGCAAAUGCAAGUUUACCUCUUUCAUUCGUAGCAAACCUCCUUUCGCGCGUUAUCGUCAAUGGCUCGUAUGUUGCGUGCGAUACGAUGUAUUAGUCAUUUAACCGUUUUGAAUCUUGUAAGGAUUCGGAUUAUUUUUAUUUAAGAUGUGUCAAAGCGUAACGCAAAUGGAUAACAUAUACACACGCCCUAUCUUAAAAGGGAGAAUAGAAAAUAAAGUAGUAAUCGCGUAGAGUUGUUUUUAUUUUAAGAUUUAAGAUACCAAUUAACAAGCAAUUACUGAGUAGAGAGAAUGGAAUAGAUGUUACAGAGAUGGCCGAUGUUGUCGGCAAGCGUAACGUAAUAAGCAACUUAUUAAAAAAGCGUUGAGCUGAGCAGGACGUGUGAAAAACGACGCACCAUCAGCAACCGACACCUGCGAUGCAUCGUUGGUAAAGUUGUUGAUAGAGGAAAUGAAAACGGAAGCUAAAGUAAUAGACAAUUUUACUAUUGGGGAACAAUCAUUACAAAAACAAAAAAGGACAAAUAAGAGAAACAGUGAGAGAGUACAUCAGAAAAUGAUCCAGUUCGGUGGCGGCAAUAAUGUGAUGCAAGGUAAGCGACGAUGGUAAAAAAAAUCGAACCCUAUUUGCUUGGUAAAAGUCGUGCAAGGAAGUGACCACAGCCAUGGAAUAAUAAAGGAUCGCAUCAGAUUGUGAAUCCUAUGUGUCGCCGCACGAACGCGACAACCGAGAGAGAUGGAUUGAAGUGGAGCAAAACAAGAGAGAUACAUCCGUGAGUCUUUAUUAAUCGCAAUUUGUUAUUUCAAUUUGUUGUAAAUAUGAACUAAAACUGAAAAAUAUUUAAUCAUAUGGUUCAUAGAUACUGAAGGAAGUGAAGAUAAAGGAAGUCAGUUCAAGCAAGGCGACUGCGAACAAUAACAGAUGAAAAUAUUACAAU